AAACACCAAGAAAGAAGAAGAAGGAGGAGGAUGAGAAGGAAAGUGCGUCCUUCUUAAUCAGUAAAUGUUGUAGUUAGACCUUUUAAGAAACAAUGUCAACAGCGAUGAACUUCGGAACCAAGUCGUUCCGACCCCGUGCACCGGACAAAGGAUCGUUUCCUUUGGAUCAUUUCGGUGAAUGUAAAUCAUUCAAAGAGAAAUAUAUGCAAUGCCUCAGAGACAAGAAUUUUGACAACUCGUGCUGUCGGAUAGAGUCAAAGGAGUAUCUGGAGUGCAGGAUGGACAAACAGUUAAUGGCGAAGGAACCCCUUGAAAAACUUGGCUUUAAGGACUUGGAGGAUUCGACGGAAGAAAAUUAAACAAAAUAUAAUUUGGGCUGAUGUUCACAUUUUGUUGAAUAGUUUUAUUUGGUCUCGACUCUCUCCAUAUCACCUGGAAAUCUGAUAUUUGUGUAUAUUAACAAACAUCUGUAAAAAACACAAAAAAAUAGGGUGUUUAUGUAAUUAAUCAUCAACAUGCUACUUGUCAGACACCAACAGAUUUGGUUUUGUAGAAUGAUCUGUUAAAAAGUUAAUCAUUUGAAGUGUGUUCUUAUUACUGGAGCUUUAUUACUGGGGCGGCAGUGGCUCAGUGGUUCAUGUAGGUUGUCUACAAACCAGAAGGUUGGUGGUUAAAUCCCCGGUUCCACCUAACCAAGUGUUGAGGUGUCCAUGAGCAAGUCACCUAAUCCCAGCUGCUCCCGACGAGCUGGAUGGCACCUAGCAUGGCAUACACCGGCGUUGGUGUAUGAAUGAGAGAGUGAAUAGGCGAAUGUGAGGCAAUAUGUAAAGUGCUUUGGUGGCCAUUGGGUCUGUGAAAGCGCUAUCCAUUUACUUGAGCUUUAAAUUUUUCUCUUGAAUAAAGAGUAUGCACAAUA